GCUCGAAACCAGGUAAAUUUGCUCUUACCAAGUGAUUAAAAAUGACAAACACAGCGAGGGAAAAUUUUCAAAUGCUCCCUCCAUUUUGUUUCCAUCUUCCUCCUACACUCUUACCUGUCACUCCGAUUCCAAAUCUGCAUAUGUUUCUCUCUCAAUACUCUGCUUCUCCACAUUGUAGAGAGAGAAGUAAAAAUGGGGAAGCAGAACAAAUCAAGAAAACCUGAAUUGAUAGGCAAAGGCAAGGUAACUCCGGUUCAGGUCGCAUUCAUCGUCGAUCGUUACCUAUCGGACAACAAUUACAUAAAUACUCGCUCAACUUUCCGCUCCGAAGCCUCCCAUUUGAUUGCCAAAUCUCCAGUUCAAGAAGCGCCGAAGAGUUUGUUGAGUUUGGGGGCAAUACUGGAUGAAUACAUAACGUUGAAGGAGCAGAAAGUGUUGUUGGAUCAAGAACGGUGCCGUUUGGAGCAGGAGAAAUUGAAGCUUCAGAAAUUGCUAACGGGCAUGCAGGAUGUAAUGAAUGCUUAUAAUGCUACCGGAAAUAAUGUUGUUACUCCUCCACUGCCGGUGCAGCCAACAGCUGUGGCAUCUCAGAAAAUAGUACAGUCGGGGACUAUAGUUUCUACGUCCGAUCCCACAGUUACGACGCCUGCAGGUUGUUAUCCCAUGUACAACACUUCAGCUAUGAUGUCUGUAUCCUGGCCCUCCAGCACUCAAAGAGAUCCCAUAAAGUUCUCUACCCCGAUUACAAAUCAGACCGCUUCUAAAAGGAAAAAAUGCAGAGACGUCUCAGAUGCUUUAACUGCUAAGAGAUGUAGCAGGCGAAUACAAACCAAAGAUGCAAACAUACCUCCACAACUAAGCAAUGCAGAAGCGAAACAAGGAAGUUCCUUAGAAGGUUCUGCAGUUCAGUUGCAGGAUGACAACGGUCCUGGUGGUUCACUAGUUCAAGGAUCUAAUGUUGUCAAGUGUUUGUUCAAUCAGAAUAUUCCAUCCGCUCCAUCUAAUUCCUCCAUUCCCAAAACACCUACACGGGCAUCUUCCUCUGAAACUGACAAAUCAAUUUCUCCGUUGGUUACUGCUACUUCCAAUGAAGAUGUUACUCCUCAACAAAUCACAUCCACUGACUGCACCAUAAUCUCUUCUGAGACAAUUCUAGUCAGCCCUGCCAAACAAAUAACCUACUAUAGAAUAGAGAAAAAUCGCUGCAUUUCAACUAACUCACCAGUUAAGACAAACUUGACAAGGUCUAACAAGAGGGACCAUGCUAAAGGAAGGCUAGAUUUUGGUGCUUCUGAUAUGCCCGUAAUUGCAGAGAACCAAACACCUGACGGUACCUCAACAUCUGAAUCUGACAGGGAAGGAGAUAUCUUUGACUUGGAUUUUCCGAAUUUGGAUGCUUUGGGUUUAGACUUUAAUCUUUCUGAACUGCUAGUUGACUUUGAUCUUGGUGUUGAAGGACUUGAUUUUUCUUCACAGCAAGCAACCAUUUACACUCCAGAUUCCUGUUCGGGAUCACCUCAUACAUCAGGAUAUUAAGUUAUGUCACACUUUUGUCUACUACUAAGGGAAUUCUUCCAGAGAACACAAAUUUAUCAGAAGGUCCAGAUCCUGUUGCCACUCCGAAAUCUGUCACUAACCGUAUCAAACUCACGAGUCCUGCUAAAAAACAUAGCUCGUUGGAUCAAAAGAAUUUGUCUACCUGAAACUGACUGGACAACACUACAGACGAUUUUUUAUACUGACUUGGUACCGGUUCAGAACUCCCAACAAAAUUUAUGCUGACAUUCAGUUUUAGGUUCCUUAUUUUCCAGCAUUAUGUAAAGUUAUAGUAAUUUGUUAGGUCAUUAUCAUUAAUGGAUGAUGAAUCAUUUAACUUUGUUCAAUUCUGGUUGCAGCCAUCCUUGUUGAGUAUUGAUUGCAUAUCAGUGAUGAUAAAUUGAUAAUUGUGUAAAGGUAAGGAUGUUAUAUGGCGCUUGUUUGGUAGA